UUCAGCAAGCUUUAUGAAGAAGAGUGCAUCUCAGCCGGGCCACAGAUACUGAACAAUAUGUCCGCAAAUGAGACCGUUUGCAACAUUACCACCAACUGUUCCACGAAUUGCACAGUGGAUUAUCUUCAGGGUCUGGGUUAUGCAACUUUGUUUCUUCUGGGUUUCCUGAUAAAUGCUGCUGCUCUGUAUGCCUUCAUUACCGUACGGCGCUCGUGGACAGACACCCACAUCUAUAUGUUGAACCUGAACAUUGCAGAUUUUUCCCUCAUCCUUUUCCUAAGCUUCAGGAUUUACGAUGCCUUCUCCUGCCUGCCUGUAACUUACUUUUGUACCUUUCUCAUGUACGUACAUUAUAUCAACAUGUAUGCCAGCAUCUUCACAACAGCAGCCAUCAGUGUCCAACGCUACCUGAGUAUAAGAUUCCCACUGCGUGCCAGAUCGUGGAGACGGAAGAAACAGAUAGCCUUUGCAGUGUGUUUGGUCAUUUGGGUAGUUGUGAUAACAGCAUGCAUUAUAGUCCGCAAGGACAACUAUCCUGAAAAACUCUGGACAUGUUUUGAACGAUGUAAAAAUAUUCCACAUCGUACAUGGAGUAUCACGUCAGUGAUAUUUAUAGGUUUUCUCAUCCCACUCCUGAUCGUUGUUUUCUGCUCCACUCGGAUCAUCCGUAUGUUUUUAAAGGAGGCUGACAAGUCAGAGGAGAAGAAAAACAUUGUUGGCAUAGUCACAGCCAAUAUGAUUGUGUUUGUCGUCUGUUACACGCCGAUCCAUAUCGCCUUCGUUGCUGACCUCUUUGACGAGCCACAGGAAGACUGGAUAUGCAAAAGCACUACUGUGCACAAGUAUUUACUCUGGUCUGAAUGGAUUGCUGGCACAAAUUGCUGUUUCGAUUCCAUCAGCUAUUGUUUUUUAUUGAAAGGCUUUUAUUCAAAAGCACGUAACUCUUAAGGCAGCAUUUGAGUGUGUUAUUUAAAGAGGCAAAAAUACCGUUAAAGUUCAGUUAUAUUUGAAGUCAAAAGUUAAACUAGAAGAAGAUCCUAAAGCCUGAGGCUUUGAUAAAUAUGUAGAACACAUGGGCAAAAAUACAGCUCAAAUGACCACAAUGAGUCAGAGCUGCUGUUUAACUUAGGUAAAUGUUUUUUCAGUGACUGAUAGCAGACAACAAGAUGUAUGCUAACUUAAAUGUAUUUCAUUUAGGUGCUAUUUUGUCAUCUCCACACACAUUUUUAAGAAAAUCUAAUAGACCACCUGUCAUAAAAACAAGAAAAGACAAAUACUUUAGAAAUCUAUCAAAAACAUCCAUCCCUCAUGCAUAAUUUAAGUGAAUAAUCUGUGACUCGUAUGGAUGAUUUUUUCUGACAGCUUAGAUAUAUCUGACUGUUCCCUUGGUUGCCAUGAACUGUUUGUAGUCUGCAACAGCAAAAGCUGAUUACCAUGCCUACCAAUGCUUAACAAAACCAAUCUAAGGACUUAAAGAAUAUUAAUGUAAAACUCACGUUUACUGCACAUGUAGGCAUGCUGGGAGUGGGCAUCCCAUUCUCCACACUGAUGGCACCACAAUGCAUGAAGGGGCUUUCUAGUAAAUUUCACC